AUGUCGGAAGAGGCCCCACGACCAAAGAGGUCACGCUUUGAUCAGACAGAGCCGGACCAACCACGCAAGACACGCUUCGAUCGCCGCUCUCAGUCGCCAGUCACUCGCGAUCGCAAUACGCGGAGUCGCAGUCCUUUGAAGAGUCCUAGCAGUGCUGGCGGCAAGAUGGAUGCGGCGGCCGCAGCCAUGGCGGCCGCAGCGAAGAUCAACGCUGAGUUGGCGAAGAAGGCUCCAGUGCGCCAGGGAGAGGUGCCUAUCAUUCGACAGCGCACGAACCCGGACGGUGCUGGCUCUCCAAGCGGUCCUAGUAGCACCCUACAGGCCGACAUCUACCAACAAGACGGUGAUUAUAUCAAAGACAUCGAAGUCAACGAUUUGCGCAAUCGCUAUACCCUGACUAAGGGUGCAACCCAGAAAAUGAUUAAAGAUGAGACUGGCGCCGAUGUCACAACCCGCGGCAACUAUUAUCCUGAUAAGAGCAUGGCCACUCCAGCUAAACCACCGCUCUACCUUCACGUUACUAGUCAAACCAAGGAAGGCCUGGAGAAGGCCAUUGAGAAGAUUGAAGAACUCAUGAAACAAGAUCUACCAGAUCUUAUCGACCAGCGUCGUUUCCGUCGUCCGGAACGCGAAGAGCGUCCUCCACCGGAUCUCGACUCCCGAGGCCGCCGCAAGUGGCCCGAGGAGAAGAUUCCGAUCGAUCUCGAACCUAUCCCAGGUUUCAAUCUCCGUGCCAAUGUCGUUGGUCAGCAAGGCAUGAACGUCAAACACAUUCAGGCCGAGACGAGAUGUCGCGUGCAGAUCAAAGGCUAUGGCAGCGGUUUCCUCGAGCAGGACACAAACGCUGAGAGUGAUGAACCCAUGUACCUUCACGUGACCUCACCUGACGAAGCUAUGGUCGCCAAGGCCAAAGAGCUAUGCUUGAGUCUCCUUGAGAGCAUUCACAACAACUACCGAGAGUUCAAAGAACGUGGACCUCAGAACGGUGGUGAUCGUGGUGGUUUCCGAGGCGGACGAGAUCGUGGAGGGGAUCGAGGUGGAUAUGGUGGUGGGGACCGCUACGGAGGUGGUGGAGGUCCUGCCCAACAACCGACCGAUCCGGUCGAAGCCCAGCGUCAGUAUGAAGCAUGGUGCGCCUACUACGCUCAAAACCCUCAGCUCGAUCCGUACGCAGCAUACGGUGGCUACGCAGCUGCAAUGGCACAAUAUCAACAGCAAGCGGCCGCCGCCGCUGCUCAACCUGGAUAUGGGCAACAGCAUGGGGAUGACGGCGCUCCGCCACCACCUCCGCCUCCACCGCCUCCGGGAAGUGCGGCUCCAGGAGGGUAUCAUGCGGUAAGCUUUUCCCACAUCACAUAG